GCCAUUUUACUGUCCUUCAGUAUAUAUUUGCAAGACAAGUGGUAAAGACUGAUCUGUAGUUAGCGCGAGUUUAUAUUUUAUGUUUGUAUAAUGAUGUUACAAUUAUCACCAGAAAUUAUUCGGCAGUACUCAUCAGUCUUCAUAGUAAACCUAAGUGUGCUAACGACAGGCAUGAGUGUGGGUUGGUCGUCACCAAUGCUAGUCAAAUUAGCUGAUCCCUUACAAACUCCACUCAGUCGUCCUAUCACAGAAAAUGAAGCAUCUUGGAUCGUAUCCUUGGGAUACCUUAUUAGUUCCUUUUCAAACGUUAUAGGCAGUUUUCUAUUAGACAAAAUAGGCAGGAAAUACAGUGUACUUGCAUGUGCGGUACCGAAGCUAUCUAUGGCGAUCUUCCUUAUCUUCGUGACAGAAGUAUGGAUGGUAAUAUUCGCACGAGCGUUCAUGUUGCUAAACGACUGUUUCUUGUUUUGUGUCGUUCCGGUUUACGCUGCUGAAAUUGCCAGUAAAACACAACGUGGUUCUCUUGGAACAUUCCUUCAGUUAUUUUCUUCACUGGGAGUUGUAAUUACCCUGUCUGUGGGUCCGUUUGUAUCCUACUACACAUACAGUUAUAUAUUACUAGCUAUGGUAGUAAUUACUACUAUACCAGUGUUAAUUUUACCUGAGAGUCCAUUCUUUCAAUAUUCUCAGGGAAAAACAGAUGAAGCAUUAAAAACACUAACAGAAAUACGAGGUUCCGAGACACAAGCGAAACUAGAAUUGGAAGACUACGAAAAAUCUGCUGAAAAUUCAAUAAAAAUCAGCAAAGUCGAAUUAUUAAAAAACAAAAUAUUCUUGAAAUCACUUCUGCUUUGUUUUCUUUUGUAUGGGGGUUCGCAGUUAGUUGGUUUCAAUGCUGUCUCGUUUUAUUUGCAAACAAUAUUAAUAUCAACAAAGACAAAUGUUGCUCCGGAAAUUGCGUCAGUGAUUAUUGGUGUCAUUCAGACGAUGGGAAGUUUAUCAGUCACUUUGUUGACGGCAAUAUUCGAGAGAAAACGCAUCUUAAUACUAUCAUUGAGUGGCAUGUUUAUUGGAAUGAUCGGCUUGGGAGUAUUCUUUCAACUGUCUUCCCCAGAAUUUAAUGUUACUGGAUUUAUGAAUUAUCUGCCAAUAAUUUCACUAAUAAUUGUAGUUUUCUGCUAUUCAGCUGGAUUUGGAUCAUUGAUCUGGCCAAUAGGUGCCGAAUUAUUCGAAGGCCCAUCAAGAGCCUUCGGUACAACAUUAGGGCUAGUGGUUUGCCAAUUAACAAUUUUCGCAACAUCUAAGUACUUUUUCGAUAUGACGUCAGUUCUAGGACCAGCGUCGACAUAUUGGUUUUUUAGCGGAAUGUGUGUCAUUGUUGGCAUUUUAGUUGCGCUAUUUUUACCCGAAACUAAGGAUAAAACAUUUAGUGAAAUUCAGGAUUCAUUGGGGAAAACUGAGAAGGGUGUAAGCUAAAUUCACUUUAAUUAGUUUUUGUAUAACUAAUAUUUUAGGCUAGUGAACAGCCUGCCAGCCACUGUGUGUGUGUUUAAAUUUACAUGUAAUAAAUGUCAGGAGUAUCUGUAUAAUAUAUAUUGCGUAUAUAUUAGCAAGUUGUACUAGAUAAUCAAAUAUAUGAGAUGUAAGACCUAAGU